GUCCUCCAAAAAAAGUGUUAGAAGUGUUGCGACGCAAACCUUUCCUAAUCACACAAUUGAACGUACUUCGACUUUGUGUAUAACUCCAAAUUGCCUGAAAACAGUAACCGAAGCCGUUCAACAACCGACGUUUAGCAUGUUAAAAAUAACGUGUGUUCAAAGUAUCGAAUAUAACCUACAACUAAUUCCGACCAUGAACCAGCUCAGUGAAGAGGACAUUCAAAAAAUGGACAUUAUUUUGUCAGAGGGAAAAGCCAAUGUCAAUUUUGUUAACAGGAUAGACGGCAAAUUAUAUACUCUUAAUACGAAAAAAGAAAGUAUAGUACUAAAGCGCCUAUGUAGACCAGAGAUAUGGAAGCAAUUUGGAUUCUCUAAUAUUGAACCCGAACCAAUAGUAAAAUCUCGACAAUUUAGUAAAAAAUACUGGUUAUAUGCAGCUGGAAGCCAAUGCUCUAUGCCAUACAUUUCUCACGAUCAGGCAAACCAGAUACCACCACACGGAACGCUAACUCAAUUGACUAUUAUAUUAAAUUGGGUUACCAUUAAUGAUGACGCAGCAUUGUUACGACGGAAGUUAACAACAGAAAAGCAGGAACUCUCCUUAGAAAUCGCCGCAAUUGAUUUGGCAUUUCGAAGCUUAAUGAAAAACCUAUUAUCGCAACGAUAUCCGCUCAUAUUUUCACCAAAUUAUCAGGAAAAAUUACAAUCUAUAACAAAGUAUAUUCCAACAAUUUCGAAUUCUAUCGCGCGUAUUAUCAGAAAUAGUCCUAAUGAUGAGUUUCGAUCGCAAACCAAUAAACACAUCCAAGAAACGCGUGAUCGGGUUAAUUUAUCGUUCCCAUUACAACAAGAUAUUAAAGACCAGAAUCUGACUUCGAAACGGAUAAGGAACAUCCUGGAAAAUGGGUUAUACACUAUUGCCAAAGACAUAAAUGUGCCUACUACAUCAUUUGUUGAGCAUUCGUCAAGUGACGAAGAGGUAUUAGACAGCCGCAUCGAAGAACGAGAAGCGGCUAAAUCAAGAAAAUCUUCUGAUUUGAAACAGAAGACAAAGGUUACUCAUGAUGUGCCUGAAGCAGAUUUUGAUGUUUCUUAUCAAACCAAUGAUACGGAUUAUGAUUUAUCUGUUAAUCUGGAAUCUGAAGAUAAUGAAUCAUUAUUUGAUAAUGAUGACAUGAACAUUAUUGAAAAGGUGCUGGAUGUUGAUGAUGUCGAAUCAAUGUUUGAUGAGUUUGAAGAUAAUCAAAAUUUGGUUGAAGAAGAAUUGGAACAAUCUUCAGAUUCCGAGAAUUAUGAAAACUUUUGGGAUGAGGAAGAUAUACAGUUUCUCUUUGGAAUCAAAGAUACAACAACUAUGAACACAUGUAAUGAAUACACUACAAAGUUUUCACAAAAAGAUAAUAUAGAUAAUGACAUUGAUUUAUUAGAUUAUGAUUCAUUUGAAGAAGAAGAUAUGCACGAUAUAGAUUCUGAUUUGGAAUCACCUAAUAAGCGAAAUAAUUUGAACGUAAUGUCAUCACAUUUACGACCGAAAAGUCCUUUUAGAGAUAAAACUAAUGAUUUAUUUCAAGGACGAGAGAUAUAUGAUUCAAAAUCACAAUACUUUUUAAAUGAGAAGAAUCAAGAUUCAGAAGACACAUUUUUUGAUACAAUGUUUUGAUUAUUGUGUUAAAAAGAGAAAAUUUUUUAAUUCAUUGAUGUUUAAUCUUUUUAAACAUCGCAGUUUAUCAUUCUUCCUUUUACGGAUAAUUUAUCCGAACAGAUGCCGCCUUUGAUAAUCACUUAGGUGAAGUAAAAUGGUUACAAUUAUCCGGGUCGGAAGUAGACAUUGAAGUCAACGUUUGAGGUCGGAAGAAAUUAAUGGUUUGGGUGUGAUAGGAAAGCAAAGAUAUAUUGAUAAGUGAUUUGAUAGGAAAGCAAAGAUAGAGAAUAGAACAUCGAUCUGAAGUCGGAAGAA